UUUAUGCCACAGGUAUCAACCCGCGAUGACAGAACAGGCGGAGGUUGAGAACAGGAAGCGCUGGCGCAUCCAGGCCGUGGAGCACUCCUUUGGACCCUCAGGGCGGCCCCUGUACCAGCCGGGCCGGACCCUGCUGCGAGAGGGGGCGCUGAGGAAGCAGAGUCGCCGGAGGGUCCAGAUGAAGGUCUUCUUCCUCUUCAAUGAUGUGCUGGUGUACGGCACCGUCAUCCUGCACGGCCGCUGGCACCAGAACCAGAACAUCGUCCCUCUGGAGGACGUUCUGCUGGAGGACGUGGAGGACCUGGAGCAAAUAAGGAACCAGUGGCUGAUCCGAACCCCACGCAAGUCCUUCUUCGUGUCGGCCGAGUCGCUGGAGGAGAAGCGGGCCUGGAUGCAGCACAUCGAGCAGUGCAAAGCCGACCUGCUGCAGAGCGGCGGCCUCCAAGCUGGCGCCAACUUCGCAGUGUCCUGGAUUCCAGACCAGACCUCCUACAAAUGCAUGCGCUGCCUCAAGAAGUUCAGCGUGAGCCGGCGCCGCCACCACUGCAGGAGAUGCGGAUUCUUGGUGUGUAACAACUGCUCCAGGCCGCGAGAACUGAUCGAGCACAUUCACCCCACCAAGCGUGUGAGGGUGUGCAGCCUGUGCCACAUCAGGAAGGAGGACAGCAACCCUCGCCUGAGGGGAGACAGCACCGGAACCAACAGCUCGGAGGACGAGGACUCCGCGGAGUCCAGUGAUGAAGAGGAGGAAGAGGAGGAGGCCACCAUGCAGGACCAUGUUCCCAGCAGCUGGCUGGACUUCAGGAUGGGAACCUGGGGCCACAGGACCAGCUCCUACCUGAGCCCACAGACACUGAGUUAGAAAAGCUCCAACACAAAUCACUGUACAUGUACAUGCAAAAUUAUGGAAGUAAACAAUAAUCAAUAAUAACGAUGUGUUUCGUAUGUUCACUGGGGUUUAUUUUGGUUUUGGUUACUUGAACUGUAAACUUGUUUGAUUGUAAUCAGUUGUUGUUCUUUCAUGUAAACAAUAAAGUUGCUGUAGCUCA